CUUUGAGAGCAGUUCGUAUAAAAUAUGGUUACUCACAAAAGGACUCAUCCUCAUUAUCUUGAAAACAAAUUUCAGUAGCAAGAAAACGCUUUUGCUUCAGAAGCUUUUUUUUUCUCUGGCGGAGAUACUGAACAAGUAUGAGUAGCACGGUGCAACACGACGGCGCUUGAAACAAUCUUGGCCACGCAUUGUCGCUGUUGAGUCAUCACGCAUCUAUUGUCGUGGUAGGCCCACUCUAGCACCAAGCGCUUGCGCGUUUGCCGAAGAUCCGUCAGCUUACAUAGCAGACGCGUGAGUUUCGCUCCCAAGCGAGUGCCGGAAAAACAGAGCAGAAACGGAGCAGAGUCUUCUUCUUUUUCUUCUUCUUCUUCUUACUUCGCGCGGUGAGACCGCGGACCACUUUACGUGAAAGGCUCUGGCGCACGGCAAAGAGGCACAGAGGCGCGCGUCACAUCGGAACUUCGGGAGGCCGUCCUGUCCGCCUCCAGCACCUCGUAGUCGUGGAGGAGUUGCACGACAACUGGCGCCGGGAACAUUUUUCUCUUCGUGAUCGAUUACUUCCACUUAGGCAGGACAAGAGAAGAGCUGAAUCGGGCCGCAACCACUUUUAGUACUUUAUUCGUUUUCUUGUUUUUUUUUGCGUCAGAAGAUUUAGAUCUAGUUAAUCGAUAAGUUGAGCCACGCCGUCGCCGCGGAUGUCUUUCGACAGCGACUGGUUGGUUGCACAUGCCAGCUACAAGGAUGCUUAUAGGUCUCUUAAGCAUCGGCCGUCGCGCCUCUGCCGACGGAUCGUUGUGGGAGGGGGAUUGGGAGUGGCUCUGACUGUGUUGGUGUUCAUUGAUGUCACUGUAUCAUGAUGUCUGGGCUCGUGAAUUUUCGAUCUGAAUUUUCACCCAAUCAAUAACAGGCACGAGGAGG